AUGACAAAGAGAAAUAAUCACCGAGUUCAUAGAACCUUUCAGAACUCAGGGGAUAGUUAUCCCGGACACAAGCAAGCUAGUCACUUGGCCUCAUUUUCGUCCGCUCUCCAUAAUCACAUACUGGGACGCGUCCGUCCGCAGUCAAACGGGCCUGAUAUACAACAAGGCAAUAGAGUCGAGAAUGCAAAUGAUGCCGAUCUUGGAGUGGUGUCGCUCCAAUGUUGUCCUAACAAAGGAAAAAUCUAUGAAAUGUCGACAUCCUUGGGGCAACUGUUCCGACCGGACCAUAUUUUUAUGCAGAAUGCAGAUGGUGACCAUGUUCCCAUGCAUCAAGUGCCAGUGGGUAGCAGACAGGAUGGACCACAUGGGCAUUGCAAGAAUUCUCUCAUGGUAGUGGAAAAGAUUAAGAAUGGAUCUGACGCCCACCGUAUUGUAAAAUCUAUUUGGUAUACGCUCAUAAAAAAAGAAUCAGAUGUUACUGUGUAUUAA